AUGAGUAGUCAAAUCUCACAGUCCCUAGUCCAAAGCCGAAAACUUCUGGUACGGGCACUGGUAGCACUUCAGAAUCCAGUCCUCUCCGGUGUCGGGGCCGCAGCAUGCACACUUUUUGUCUUUCAAUUACUCCGGCAAGCCUUCCUGCAAAUAUGGGGUCAUGGCCCUAUUAACGCUACGAAGCGGUUAUACAAAGCAAUCAGAAGUCAAGUAUACGGCUGGCUUCUAGCGUCUCCUUUCCUCCAGAGGAAAGUGAAUUCUGAAGUGGAAAAAUCGGUCGCCCAAAUCACGGCAAAGUUUAUGGCGGAGAGCGCCGAAAUGGAGCGAUAUAGAACCCUUCCCGACAACGGCUGGGACGAUGAGGAGGUACUGGCCGAAUUGGAGAAAAUCUCAAGCAUGGAACAUGUUCGCUGGGAGGAUGGGCGAGUGAGCGGUGCAGUCUAUCAUGGCGGGAAAGAGAUGCUCGAGCUACAAAACAAGGCAUACAGCUCUUUUACUGUUUCAAAUCCUAUUCAUCCAGAUGUCUUCCCCGGUGUACGUAAGAUGGAGGCGGAAAUUAUCUCGAUGGUUCUUGCACUGUUUAACGCACCGAACGAUGCAGCCGGUGCCACAACAAGUGGAGGCACAGAGUCGAUUCUGGCCGCCUGUUUAAGUGCCCGUGAGCGUGGCCGGGUUGAGAAAGGCAUUCGGAAGCCGGAAAUGAUCAUCCCCACUACUGCACAUCCUGCAUUCCGGAAGGCAGGCAACUAUUUCAACAUUAAAAUUCACGAGGUCGACUGUCCCGCGCCGUCGUAUCAAGUCGAUGUUCGAACGGUGUCACGCCUCAUUAACCGUAAUACAAUUCUCUUAGUUGGCUCGGCACCCAACUACCCCCAUGGGGUCAUCGACGGGAUCGCCGAUCUCUCUCGGAUUGCAGAGUCCCGAAACAUUCUCCUACAUGUUGACUGCUGUUUGGGUUCGUUUAUGAUCGCAUUUCUGCAGAAGGCAGGCUUUGAAACCGUUCCCUUCGACUUUAGGCUGGCAGGCGUUACUUCCAUCAGUUGUGACACCCACAAGUACGGCUUCGCGCCUAAGGGAACCAGUGUGGUCAUGUACCGGACCAAGGAAUUACGCGCGUACCAAUACUAUAUCUCUCCGGAUUGGUCUGGAGGGGUGUAUGCAUCACACGGCAUUAUGGGUUCGCGUCCCGGUGCUCUUCUCGCAGGAUGCUGGGCGAGUAUGGUGAAGCAAGGAGCAGCUGGCUAUAUCCAAGCAUGCCGAAGUAUUGUUGGCUGCAGGAGGAGCAUCGAAAAGUCCCUCCGCGGUCCCCUACUAUCUGCUCACUUGCAGGUGAUUGGGAAUCCCUUGGUCAGUGUUGUUGCCUUCACGAGUCCAAAAUUGAACAUACUGCACAUUGCCGACGAGAUGACUGCGCGUGGAUGGCAUCUUAACGCCCUACAAAACCCUCCUGCCAUCCAUAUUGCCGUUACACUACCGAUUGUCCAAGCUGAAGACCAGCUGCUCAGCGACUUGCAAGAGGUAGUCGAGGCAGAGGCAAAGAUGGUUGAGAGUGGUGAGAUCGAACGGGGAACACCAGGCAACUCGGUUGCUCUAUACGGCGUUGCUGGAAGCUUGCCAAACAAGGGAGUCGUGGUCAAAUUGAUUCGUGGAUAUCUGGACGCCCUGUAUACUGUAUAG